AAAAGAGGGGGAAACCAUCACCUCCCGCCCAGCAGUGGGCGCGCCGACAGCGUCAUCGUGCGCUAGGAGAUGCUAGGCCAAGUGCAGCUUUUCCAGGGCGCCUUCCUGGGCAGCGAGAGACACAACGUGGAGUUCAAGCACAGCAGCAGCCAGGACCUGAGCCUAGCGCCCAAGCAUCACAUGCAGUGCUGUGCGUGUGCCCCCAACAGCGGGGACAGCAACCUUUUCAUGGGCAUCGAGGACAGCGGCUUGGUGCAGGGCAUCCGCUGCAGCCCCCACGACCAGGACCUGCUGGUGGACUCCAUCCUGCAGGGCUUCAAGCCCCAGGCCUUCCCCGACACCUACACCCUCACUUUCAACCCAGUGAUCAGCGGACCCCUCAAGAAAUGGAUGGCAGAACUGGGCAAGGUGGAAGAGAAGGUAAAGGUGUUGACACUGGAGAGCGAGCAGCUCCAGCAGGAGCUGAAACAGCUGGCUAGCCUCCUGUACCUGCUAUGUCUUGUGAGGCACCUGAAGCCAGGGCAGGAGGGGCCAGUGCACCACACAGGAGAGGUGCAGUACUUCCUACCUGUGCCCGAAUUCUGCCAACAGACUCCAUCUGGGCUGACCAGGGAGGUGGUGCUGUGCUGCUUAGAGAUGGCCGGGAGUGCUCUGCUUCCUCUCCUCCAGCAGCCCUGCACGUGGCACUUCAACUAG